AUGUUGUUGGUUGAGUAUCUUCACUACAUCGUCGCUUUUCCCACCAUUUCUCUCAAUUUACUGUUGAUAUUGUUGAUCGUUUUCUCAACGGGAAAAGCCUUUCGCUCGUACGCCAUUUUGCUGUUAGCGAACGCGGUGGCCGAUAUGUUGUACACAAUUUUUGAGACAUUAGCAAUGACAAGAGUGAUCCCGAUCGACAACAAUUUGGCCCUUGUCUUCCAUGGUGUUUGCAAGUUCAUCAACUGGAAAGUCUGCUUUGACGCUCACGCAAUCUCUAUCCAUCUCGUCACUUUUACCCUCACUCUGUUGCCAAUAUCAUUUUGGUAUCGCUAUCGAGUCACCCAGAAAACCCAGCCACCACCUCGAAAGAUCAUUCUGCUUAUUCUAAUCGCCUAUCUACCAUCACUUUUGACCAUGAUUCCAUUCACUUUCGCUGGUGUAACUCCAGAGAGAAUGUUAGCCAUAUUGGCGGAAACGAAUCACAGUUUUCAAGCACUGAAUCUCGGUGAUUCAGCGAUUUCCGGACUAGAACCUGUGUGGAAUGUCAAAGCGAUCUCCUUCGAUGUUUGGCUUUGCUGCCCAUGUUUUCCCGUUUAUUCAUUGGCUUUCUUAUAUCGAAAGAAGUUUAUCUCAGCUCUCCGCGGGUCCACAUUGUCUCAUCGAACGAAAAGUCUACAAGAAAAUUGUGUGAGAGCAUUGACGAUUCAAGCGUGUUUUCCGAUUGUUUUCAUGGCUUUUUCGUCUACUUAUAUGUAUCGACAAUUUCGAUUACCUGGCUACCUGUCACUUCCCUACUCGGACGAGUUGAUCUUCCUCUCAUUUUCCGUUCUUUCCGGCUUGUCCCCAAUCGUUUCCCUCUAUUUUAUCCUUCCCUACCGUAAUCGUCUCCUUGAACUUGUCCACAUUCGUCAUCGUCCAUCAUAUCGUGUUUCCACCGUUCACAACAGUGUCACCAGGAAAAGUCAAAUCUAU